AGCUGUCUUCCUGCGUGUUCGGGAGACCAUCAGGCAUCCAUCUCCUUACACGUGCUAGAAACUUCACUGCAUAUCUCCAUUCGUGCGGCACGACGCGAUGGUUCCCUCGACUCGAACCUCUACCCUAGAAGCAACGACGGGACGACACAUAGCUUCUCGGCACAUGAACCAUCUCUUCACAAGCGCCCCACGUAACAGGUGGAUGGUUCUCAAUUGUUGCAUGGACCACAUGCCACCAUGAGCCACCGCGCCAUGCCAUUCCGGUCCAUAUCCCCAUUGUAAUCCUUUGGAAUGCAACUUACGCGUCGGAAGAAACUCCUCGCGAGCCGGGAUGUAUCUCGGCACGAAACGGUUCGCCUUUCUGCUGGGCCGAGGCGGUUCACCCUAUCCGCUUUCGAGCUCCAAUGCGGCUCGCGGGACGAGAGCGACUUCUGAUGUGCCUCGGCUGAUUCGAGAGAACGCGCCCCGUUCAAACCAGGUGCGCAGUGUGCUUUCUUUCGGCAAGCCCCCGGGCGGUAUAUAUCUCGAGCGUGCUUCCGUCUCGUCUUUGUGUGCUGGCUCGUGUGUCCUCUGCGUGCUCGCCUUCUCUGCUCUCUCCCUUGGCUCUCUUGCGUAGCUUGCUUUUCGUUCUCGUUUGAAGCAGCCCCGUUGCAGCAAGCCAUCAUGAGUCGUGCGUUUGUGUUCGCCUUGCUCGCGUUUUGCUUGGUGGGCUUCGCGUCAGCCCGUGCCCCUGUGAACGACGAGAAGGAGUUCAUCCCCGGUCAGCCUCAGGAGGCGUUCAAGAGCAGCGGCGGACGCGUGGAAGUGUGGAGCUCCGACUUCAAGCAGUUUCAGGAUGCGGACAUCGGUGCGGGCAUCGUCACCAUCGAGAGCCAGUCUCUGGCGCUUCCCCACUACGCCGACUCCGCUAUGAUCAACUACGUGAUUGAGGGCGAGGCGUGCGUGGGGCUCAUCACCCCGCUCGGUAUGCCCACCAACCUGCGCCGCCUGCGCAAGGGCGACGCGUACAUCCACCCGCGCGGUUGGGCGCACUGGGCGUGGAACAGCGGUAACCAGCCCUUCCGCGUGGUCAGCAUGGCGGACACGUCCAAGGGCCCCCAGCGGGGGCAGUACACGUCGUUCCACCUCAUCGGUGCGCAGAAGGAGCAGAGCGGCGGGAUUCUCCACGGCUUCAGCUCGGACUUGCUCGCACGUGCAUGGAACGUGGAGGAGGGGGAUGUCAAGCAGCUGCUGCAGGGGCAGAAGGAGACGGCGUUCGUCAAGGUCCAGCAGCGCAGCCAGAUCGACGCGCUCAACGCCGCGAUCGGCGCGCUGAACGCGCGCUCCGGUGCGGAGAACAUCUUCGGGGAUUUUUCGUACAACUUGAUCGAGAACGAGGCGGACAUUCAGUGCGAGGGCGCGGGCCGCGUGACCUGGGCGAGUGGUUGGAAGCUGCCCAUGUUCCGCAAGGUCGGUUUUUCGGCUGCCCGUUUCGAGCUGGAGAAGAACGCGCUUGCGGCGCCGCAUUGGCUGGCGAACAGCGCCGCGCUGAUCUACGUGCUGAACGGGCAGGGGAGGUUUGAGAUGACGCACUCCGACGGGCGCCAGGCCGUGAGGCGUGACGUGAAGCAGGGCGAGCUGAUCGUGGUUCCUCCCGGUCUUCCGCACGCGACUCUGGCCUCCGGCAAUGGCAUCGAGUACAUCGCGCUCAUCACCAAGUCGCGCCCGCAGGCGGGCUUCCUCGCGGGAGCCAACUCCGUGUACCGCUUCCUGCCGCGCGCGAUUCAGCAGGCCGCUUUUAACGCGGAUGAGAAGCUGAUCGAGAAGCUGCGCAGCACCCGCCAGCACGAGUACGUCAUCCUGCCGCCCAAGGGCGCGCAGCCCAAGCCGAGGGUGUUUACCGAGGAGGACGCGGAGGAUGUGGAUGUUGAUUUCAGCAUCAUCGACACUCCCUACGGGUUCUAAGCACCUGGAGGGGAAAUGCACCCGAGGGUGAGGCAGACAGCCAUAGCAAAGGAGGAGGAUGGCUGUUGGGGUGUGGCUGUCGGGUGGCAGGGGAAUUUGUGCUACUGGGUACUCGUGACUUCUGUCUCCGAUAGUGGGCUGGUUUCUUGGGUGGGUUGGUGCUGGUGAUCUUUGUACAGCUUGCUAUAAUGCAAGAAAUUUUGUGGAAUCCAAUGUUGCACAUCGGGGAUGAAUUUGGCCGUUUCUAUUAGCAAUUACUAGAUGCCUUGGUAUUUUCCCAAUAGCUGAUUGACACCGG